AAUGUGUGUCUUGUUUAUUUAGUGCUGACAUCUCAGCUUCAGAUCGUGGAAACUAUCUCUUCUACGCUACCUUCUAUAUUUAUAUUAUAGUAUCGUAAACAAUCUCUUGCCGCAAAGUAUCUUAUACUCUUUAUACCUAUAUAUACAUGAUUGUUAGUUUGAUUUUGUAAGUGAUUUUAUAUCAGUGCAAAAUGAAAUCGAACAUAGCAAAUGCUGUUUACCGACGAGAAAUGGGAUUUGAACCAAUACAUGAUUAUGAUGUUGCACUUAAUCGUUUGACAUGUUAUCAUGACAGUAUAUAUCGCGGCAUACCGCCAAAUGCAGACUUUAAUUCUGAAACCCCGAUGUUUGCAUGUCGCUUUUCCACUAAACAAGACCAUGAGCACAUUCUUGCUUUAGCAAAUGAAGAUGGAAAACUUGCCCUUCAAGAUACAAGAUCAGAGAAAAGAGAUAAUCAACCUUUGGCUGGAGCACAGGCACAUUGUAAUGCAAUUUUUGACAUUGCGUGGAUGCCCGAUGAAUUAAAACUGGUUACAGUAUCAGGUGAUCACACGGCACAGCUCUGGGAUGUCAAUAAAGGAAUACGUCAACUCAGAUCCUUCCAUGCACAUACUCGAAGUGUAAAGACAGCAAUAUUUCGUGAUCGAGACAAAGCUGUUUUUGCAACUGGUGCUAGAGAUGGCUCCAUUAUGGUAUGGGAUAUCAGAGCCAGCCAGCCAAAACCAGAUAAUUGCAUUGCAAAUGCGCACAAUGUCAAUGCACAUAAUAUAAUAAAACGAAAAACAGUUUCACAAACAUCAAGAAUGCAAAGUAUCACUGGUCUGGUGUUUCAAGAUGAUUUUACAUUAAUUUCAUGUGCUGCAGGCGAUGGUGUGAUAAAAGUAUGGGACUUGCGUAAAAAUUAUACUGUUCAUAAAAAAGAACCGAUAGCCAAACAUUGCAUGAAUUAUGCAGGAACCAGCUCAAAGUACGGCUUUUCUUCGUUGUUAAUAUGUCCUGCUAAAAUCACAUUGUAUGCAAGUUGCAUGGAUAAUCAUAUAUAUGCUUAUAACGUAUCAUCAUAUAAUCGUCAACCAGCAGUGGCAUUUUACGGACAUCAAAAUCUCACAUUUUACAUAAAAACCUGUUUGAGUUCUGAUGGCCGCUACCUUGUCAGUGGAUCGAGUGAUGAACUCGCAUAUAUUUGGCACACUAAUAGACCAGGUUUGCCAUUGGUAAAACUUCACGGUCACACAGAAGAAGUAACGUGCGUUUCUUGGUACAGUAAAAACGACAUUAAGAUAGUAACGUGUUCUGACGAUUAUACCUAUAGAUUAUGGACAGUUGGAUAUGAAGAUAAAGCAGACAACGAGAAUAAACAGAUAUCUGGUCGAGCUGAGGUUGUACUAGACAAUUUUCCAGUAGGUCAUACAAAAUUGGAAACUACUCCAACUACUAAAUAUUCAAAUCGCAAUCAAGAAAUUACACCAGAAUACUCGAAUACUACUCCGGUUAAAACUCCUGAGUUUAACAAUGGAAACUCCAAUCAUCAUGAAGAUAGGCAGAUUCCUCUCAAACGUACCUACCAACAAAUGAUGAUGGGAUCUGAAGAAAAAUUUAAUUCAAUUUUAUCUCCCAUUCGCGAAAACCGCGAGAUGAUUUUCACAAAACGGGCUUACAUGGAAAAUAGCAGUACACGAAGAUUUGGCAGGGAGAAUAUUAUUAAUUCAAGUAGAGGCUACGAUUCGGACGAACCUAGUACGAGCCAGUCUGGGAGCAUAGGCGACGGAAUUCUUUUCUCGCCUACAUCUAACUUGCCAAAUUUUGUCUUGGACGGUACGGCACCGCAUUUGCUCGAGAUGUCGCCGCAGAAAUGCAAGGAGAAUGUAGAUUGGUUAACGAAAAUAAGAAAAGAAAAAUACGAAUGCAGAGUGUCAACUCACAAAACUCAAGUUGUGACACCUGGUCGAAGAUCUAGCAGAUCGCGAUCAACUGAGCCUCAAAAGGUAACAGAGACAAGAAAAUCUGCUAGGAGUACGUUAUUAAACUUUUUCAAAGCCGCGAGUAACGAUUGCGAAAAAAAUCCCUGUUCGAAAAAAAACGGUUUUACUCCUUCAACAAAUUCGGAAGAUAAUAUUAUACCUUCCACGAGUUUAAGUGAACAAUAGCAGACAGUGAAUAGUUACGAAAUAAAAUCUUGAAAACAUUGUUCUUUUGACUUCUACAUCGCGUAAUGUAGAUAUCUCGUACAUAUUUCAAUAUCUUACACAAUCCACGAAACUAUUUUGCAACACUUAACGGUAUGCGUUAUAAAUGUAGCGCAGUACACAGACAAAAUGUAAAAAUAGACUAUUAGAUGUUAUCGAAAUUUGUUGUAAAUUUAUAGAAUAAGGAAA